CACGACAACAUAAGAAAGCUCUUUUAAGGAAUACAGUUAUUUUGGGCUGGUGGACUUUUUAUAUUUCCUUAAACUUCACUUUUCCCCUCCCUUCACUUUUGCUACUUUCUCAUUCACUCUCUCUCUCCACGCACGCACACACACCCUCGCGCGCGCUCCCUCGCAUUUCGUGGGAGAAAGUAAGAAGAGGGGGAGAGAAAGAGAGAGAGAGAUUGGGAGAGAGUGAUUUGAAGUCUCUCUCCGCUCUCUCAGCUUUCCUGGUUACUCAGAUUCAAUGGGGCUCUAGCAUUAAGGAUUUCAAGCUGUAAACCUACAUAUUUAUUACCCGUCCCCGUUUUUUUGUAUUUAAAUAUUGUACAUAAGAUAUAGAUAGCCUAACUUAUUAAAGAACAAGGUGGGUGUGCGUUUAAAGACGUCUCUUACGGCGCACCAAGUUUCUUUUUGGCUCGACUGACUUUAUGUGAGAUAAAAAGCAACUCUAAUUUGAAAUUGUCCUACCUUGUAGUAAAACUAAACCGGUUUGGAACAAAAACGUAGGAACUAUGGAUAUUCGGAAGAAGCGGAGGCCGUGGUACAUGGAGACCUCGCUCGUGCUCCUCCUGUGCGUAACUCUGGCGCAAGCAGAUCCAGUAAAUGUUUUGCGGGUGCUGCAGUUGCCUUCACUUCCUGAAGGUGUUCAAAAGGUUCCUGGUUUCUGUACCUCACGCCGGGCCGGCACACCUGAUCAUGCCUACCGCAUCACCAAGAAAGCUCAGAUCUCUGCUCCCACCAAACAACUCUUCUCAGGACGUUUCCCGGAGAACUUCUCCAUCAUGACCCUGGUAAAGCCCAAAGCUGGUCUUCAGGCCUUCCUCCUGUCCAUCUACAAUGAGCAGGGCGUACAGCAGCUGGGUGUGGAGUUGGGUCGCUCACCCAUCUUUCUUUACGAGGACCAAAAUCGCAAACCUGCCCCAGAAGAUUACCCACUGUUCAGAGGGCUCAACCUGGCAGACGGCAAGUGGCACCGCAUUGCCAUUUCUGUCCAGAAGAAGAACGUUACAUUGAUCCUGGACUGCAAGAAACGUAUAACCAAAGCUCUGCCGCGUAGCAACAACCCAGUCUUGGACAACAAGGGCAUCACUGUCUUUGGGGCUCGUUUGUUGGACGAGGAGGUCUUCCAGGGUGACAUCCAGCAACUGCUGAUCGCAUCCAACCCUCAGGCUGCUUAUGACUUCUGUGAGCACUACAGCCCUGACUGUGACUCUCCGCUGCCCAAGGUUCAGUCCCAGGACCCAAACACCUAUGGCAGCAAGGCUAACAAUGGAAAAACCCCAACCAAACCUACUGCUGCUCCCAAAUCUGCAAAGCCAGGAGCUAAACCAGCUAAAGCCAAGCCUUCUUCAACAAAGCCGACCCCAUCUGCCAAACUCGCCAAGGCCAAACCUAUCUUGCUCUCCAAAAUCAAACCCACCAAAUCAGCACCCAAACCGAAAGCAACACCAGCUCCAAAGAAUGGCAACCAAAAGAAAGCCAGCGACAAUGGGGACAAAAAAAUAAAUAAUAAUGGCAAUAGUAAAGUAAAAGUCAAUGGAGAAGCUAAAGCUGGUAGCAGUGCCAAUGGGAAGGCGGCUAAUGGUAAUGGCAAAACAGUUGCAGACAAAAAGACGAAUGGCAAAACAGCAAAGACUGAAAAGGCAGCAGUGAGCAAAGUAACAAUAGUAAAGAAAUCAGAAACAGCCAAAAAGACCUCAGUAACCAAAACUGGGCCUAGCGAGGCUAAAGCCGUGAAAACUGAGAUUGUCAAAGCUAAAGCUAAUCCAGUCCCACCAAAGAAUAAAGUGACCAAAACUGUUGUAGAGAAGGUCAAAGUAGCAUCCGUCACUAAGAAACCUUUUGUUUCCAAACCCACACCUGCGCCUUUGCCCAAUCCUUCAAAGCCCAGGGUCCUGGAUGGCAAUAACGUCAAAUCGAUUUCCAAAAAUUUCCCGCCCUUCGGCAAGGCUGUUGUGAGCGGCACGACCAUCUCUUCAGAAAUACCCAAGAAGAAACCAACCAAUCGUUAUCAACAGGAUGUAGAUCCUGCUUACUCAGAGGCUGACCACACCCCCACAGAGGCUGAUUAUUAUGACCCAGUAGAAGAGGCGGGGCCACAGCCAGAAAAUGAGAUCAAUGGAUAUGAAGAAACCAGUAACAAGGUUGAUGAGCCUGCACCAGUCGAGGAUCUUGACAUGGCCAAGACAGGUGGUGAAGAGGUGUCUCAUACGCCAGACGAGCCCUUCACUGAUGAGUACAUAACAGGCGAUUUUGGAAUGAAGGAGUAUGACUAUUCCUACAAGGACUACAUCGAGCCCAUCUCUGAAACCAAGGCAGAAGACACCCUGGGUCCCGCCCUGUCCGCUGUGACAGAUGAGGGAGGUGCUUCUUUUCGAGCAAUGAAAGGAGAGAAGGGCGAGCCUGCUGUCCUUGAACCUGGCAUGCUGAUUGAAGGACCACCAGGACCAGAAGGACCAGCAGGUCUCCCUGGCCAUGCAGGACCGAGUGGCCCACCUGGUUCUGUUGGUGAUCCUGGUGAAAGGGGUUUUCCUGGUAAGGCUGGUCUACCUGGAGCAGAUGGUGUCCCCGGACCUCCAGGAACUUCUGUCAUGCUUCCUUUCCGCUUUGGACAGAGUGGUGGCGAAAAAGGGCCCAGCGCCUCCGCACAGGAAGCCCAAGCACAAGCCAUUCUGUCUCAGGCCCGGUUGGCUCUGAAGGGUCCAUCUGGGCCAAUGGGCUAUACUGGCCGUCCUGGACCUAUGGGAUUGCCCGGAAGUCCUGGAUUUAAGGGAGAAGGCGGGGACCCUGGUCCACAGGGCCCAAGAGGUCCUCAAGGAAUGUCUGGUCCUCCUGGCAAAGCCGGUCGAAGGGGUCGUGCUGGUGCUGAUGGAGCAAGAGGAAUGCCAGGAGAAUCUGGAAUUAAGGGUGACCGUGGCUUUGAUGGCCUUCCUGGUUUGCCUGGUGAUAAGGGUUAUCGCGGUCAAACUGGUGGAAUGGGACCCCCAGGACCCCCUGGAGAAGACGGAGAGAGGGGAGAUGAUGGAGAAGUCGGACCCAGAGGUCUUCCAGGUGAACCGGGGCCCCGUGGUUUGCUGGGACCUAAAGGGCCCUCUGGACUUCCAGGACCUCCUGGUGUUCGUGGAAAUGAUGGUCCUCAUGGUCCAAAAGGAAACUUGGGACCACAAGGCGAGCCAGGUCCUCCAGGACAGCAGGGGGCACCAGGAACACAGGGAAUGCCAGGACCACAGGGUGCUCUUGGACCACCAGGAGAGAAAGGACCCACAGGAAAGCCAGGUCUCCCAGGAAUGCCCGGAGCUGAUGGCCCUCCAGGUCAUCCAGGAAAAGAAGGGCCUGGUGGAACCAAAGGAAAUCAGGGUCCAAAUGGUCCUCAAGGAUCUAUCGGCUAUCCUGGCCCUCGGGGAAUAAAGGGAGCUCAAGGUAUCCGUGGACUUAAGGGUCAUAAGGGAGAGAAGGGAGAGGACGGCUUCCCUGGAAUCAAAGGAGACUUUGGUGUGAAAGGAGAUAGAGGUGAGGUGGGAGUACCUGGCCCGAGAGGAGAGGACGGACCUGAAGGCCCGAAGGGUCGUUUCGGCCCCCCUGGUGAAAUCGGUCCUAUCGGCCUGGUGGGAGAGAAGGGUAAACUUGGUGUGCCUGGACUUCCUGGAUAUCCUGGAAGACAAGGAAUCAAGGGUUCGCUUGGUUUCCCAGGAUUCCCAGGUUCAAAUGGUGAAAAGGGAUUAAGGGGUUUGGCUGGUAAAGCUGGCCCAAGAGGUCAAAGAGGUCCAACGGGUCCCAGAGGGCAAAGGGGCCCCCGAGGGUCAACAGGAAAAUCAGGUCCUAAGGGUGGCUCUGGAAGUGACGGCCCACCUGGACCACCAGGAGAGAGAGGACUUACUGGACCACAAGGUGUAAAUGGAUUCCCUGGGCCAAAGGGACCGCCUGGACCCCCAGGAAAAGAUGGACUGCCUGGACACCCCGGACAAAGAGGCGAAGUUGGUUUCCAAGGCAAAACUGGACCACCUGGGCCACCAGGAGUUGUCGGACCACAGGGUCCAUCUGGUGAGACCGGUGCCUUGGGUGAGCGUGGCCAUCCCGGACCCCCAGGACCACCCGGUGAGCAAGGUCUGUCUGGCCCAUCUGGUAAAGAGGGAACCAAAGGAGAUCCCGGUCCACCUGGUGGGCCUGGUAAAGAUGGACCACCUGGACUGAGAGGAUUCCCAGGAGAGAGAGGAUUACCAGGAACACCGGGCGGCGGUGGACUCAAAGGAGGUGAAGGCCCUGCAGGACCACCUGGACCCGCUGGAUCUCCUGGUGAGAGAGGACUUGCUGGUACUGCAGGCCCUAUUGGCCCACCUGGACGUCCUGGACCUCAGGGGCCUCCUGGAACUGCAGGAGAAAAGGGAGUGCCGGGUGAGAAAGGUCCGAUUGGUCCAGCUGGUCGUGAUGGCAUCCAAGGUCCGGCUGGUCUGCCAGGCCCUGCUGGACCUGCGGGUGUUGCUGGAGAGGAUGGAGAUAAGGGUGAGGUCGGAGAACCAGGACAAAAGGGAGGUAAAGGAUCCAAGGGUGAACACGGUCCUCCUGGUCCGCCUGGACCAAUGGGUCCUGUUGGACAGCCUGGUGCAGCUGGUGCUGAUGGUGAGACAGGUGCGAGAGGUCAACAAGGGCCAUUUGGUGCUAAAGGAGAUGAAGGAACCAGAGGAUUUCCCGGACCUCCAGGUCCCAUUGGACUGCAGGGGUUGCCUGGACCAUCAGGAGAAAAGGGAGAAGUUGGAGAUGUUGGGCCAUUGGGCCCUCCGGGUCCCCCAGGUCCACGUGGUCCAGCUGGUCCUAAUGGAGCUGAUGGUACUCAAGGUCCUCCAGGAGGUUUGGGUAAUCCAGGUCCCAUAGGAGAGAAGGGUGAGCCUGGUGAAUCUGGACCACCUGGUGUUGGCGGAGAGCCAGGAAAAGUGGGUCCGAGAGGAGAGCGUGGCGAAAAGGGAGAGGCUGGGCAGCCUGGCACAGCUGGUCCUCCCGGUGGAAAGGGACCUACUGGAGAUGAUGGACCUAAAGGAAAUCCUGGUCCUGUUGGUUUCCCCGGUGAUCCUGGCCCACCUGGUGAAGUUGGACCACGGGGCCAAGAUGGAGCAAAGGGAGACCGUGGAGAGAGCGGUGAACAAGGAGAAGCUGGGUCUCCUGGACCAACUGGUGAGAACGGACCACCCGGACCUCCAGGAAAGAGAGGUCCUCCAGGAACAAGGGGACCAGAGGGCCGAGAGGGAGAAAAGGGAAGCAAGGGAGAAUCAGGUGCUCUUGGACCUCCAGGAAAGACUGGACCCGUAGGUCCACAGGGUCAGCCAGGAAAACCAGGAACUGAUGGUUUAAGAGGAUUACCUGGAUCAGUGGGUGAACAAGGUUCUCCAGGUCUUGCUGGUCAGAAGGGACCUGUUGGACCCAUGGGUCCUCCAGGUUUACCUGGUCUCCGUGGGGAUCCAGGUUCUAAAGGUGAGAAGGGACAUCCAGGUAUGCUCGGUCUGAUUGGGCCUCCAGGUGAACAAGGAGAGAAAGGUGACAGAGGUCUGUCGGGACCCCAGGGAUCACAUGGAGCCAAGGGUGAAACGGGUAUACCUGGUGCAACUGGACCUCUCGGCCCUUCAGGUCCAGCUGGUAUGCCUGGUCCAAGGGGUAUCAAGGGAGCUAAAGGUGCCUCGGGUGGAGCUGGUCCUAAAGGAGAGAAAGGUGUACCAGGACAACCAGGACCACCUGGACCCCCUGGUGAAGUCAUCCAGCCCUUGCCUAUUCACAUCCCGAAGAAGUCCAAGCGCUCCAUCGAUGCCAGUAAGAUGUUUUCUGACACUGAGGCUGCCGACACCGCUGGCACAGAGUUCUUGACGGGUAAUGAAGGUAUGGAGGAGAUCUUCGGUUCACUCAAUUCCCUGCGCCAGGAGAUCGAGAGCAUGCGAUUCCCAUUGGGAACGCAGGAAAGCCCGGCACGUACCUGUCAGGACCUCCAUCUCAGCCAGCCAGAACUGAAGGAUGGCGAGUAUUGGAUUGAUCCAAACCAAGGAUGCGCCCGCGACUCCUUCAAGGUUUUCUGCAACUUCACAGCGGGAGGAGAGACGUGCUUGUAUCCAAGCAAAUCAGUAGAGAACGUGAAGAUGAACUCUUGGUCGAAAGAGAAGCCUGGUUCCUGGUACAGUCAGUUUUCAAAUGGAAACAAGUUUACAUAUGUUGACGUGAGUGGAGAACCUGUGGGUGUUGUCCAGGUGGGCUUCUUGCGGUUGCUUAGCGUCCAGGCCCGUCAGAAUCUGACCUAUCAUUGCCAUCAUUCAGUAGCCUGGUCUGACCGCACCGCUGGCAACGGUUACCAGAGGGCGCUUCACUUCCAGGGUGCCAAUGAUGAGGAGCUGAGCUAUGAGAGCAGUCCUUACAUCAAAGCCCUCAUCGACGGAUGCUCUUAUCGUAAGGGUUAUGACAGGACAGUACUGGAGGUCAACACCCCUCAGGUGGAACAACUUCCUCUUCUGGACAUCAAGAUCUCAGACUUUGGGGAGAACAAUCAGAAAUUUGGUUUUGAAGUAGGACCUGUCUGUUUCCUGGGAUAAACACAAACACGCGAGCUAAUGGAAAGAGAAUUACAAUCACACACACAUAUAGUGCCAACACUAAUAAAGACAUUUGAAGUUAGGUUUAAGAAGUGGGAACACAUACAUAAAUUCGUACACACAUGCACACACACACUUUGUGAAACAAAGUUGCACACAAUUACAUGCCCAGGGAAAAACACUCCCAGCCAUGGAUGGUCAACAGAGGAGACGAGAGCCACGUCGAAAGGUUCUCACAGGAUCGGAGAAAAGAUAUCAAUGAACAUGGAGGUGUUUUCGGAUGUGUAACAGAUACUGCUGGGAUAAACCUGAAGACCCUCCUGUCUCAGCCCCCUCUCACCUUCAUCUCCCCUCCUCACUGCUUCUCAUUUGAGAUUUUCGAUUCUUUCUACCUCCUUAUAUAGUCCUGUGCAAAGCUUCAACCCAUUUUUACUCACAUACUUCAUCAUACAAAUUAAAUUUACCUUCAGGUACAACAAACUGAGGAAUUGAAGUUAGGCAAGGUAAGGUUAAAUAAACCAUUCCUGAUUUAAAGUGAAUCCAAAGCCAUUAUUAAAAUUGUAAAAUUGUAUUGUUGUACAUUUAUGAUGAUGUGAAUAAAUCUGUAACAACUUGCAAUUUGCGGGACAAACAUAAUGCCAGUGAAGUAUUUAUAAUGAAAGAAGUUAGCUGGUUAUUUUACAACGGGGUCCUUAUAGCGAUAUAAUACAAGUUAAACCUAUAAUAUACACCUAUAUUUGCAUUUUGUCAGACAACUCAGUUUAUUGUGAACCCACAACAUUCAGUAUUUGAAUCAAACUUUUAAGUUUGACUUUUUUCAUAGACAGUGUUCAGGUUGCGCAUGAUAACCAUUUGUACAGAAAUCAUAUAUUAUUGUAUUUAUUUUGUGAAACAAACAGGUGCUCAAAACAACCAAAACUUGCAGUAUGAAAUGAUGUGGUAUUACAUUUGUAAUUGUGUAGUUUUCUCAUCUAUUAAAUAUGUAAAUUAAAUUCCUAGACAGCAAAUCUGUCUCCUCUGUAUUAUACAUUCGUGUUAUUUCAAUGCAUUUGAGUUGCAGCGUGAGGUUUAGGUUAAGGUGAGAUUGGUGCAGGUGGAGACAACAAAGAUCAAGAUGUCAUGAGCAGUGAAGAAGGGACAGAAAGUGAGAUGGUGCGAACCUGAUGAUGGGAAAUAUGAUUUGUUUGAUUUUAUGUAUAUUUUCUGUUUCUUUUUUUAAACACGAAGGGGGAUGAAAAGCUAUAAAAAUUAUUUGUGAAUUCAAAGUUGUUUGUGUGGUUUUCUCCCAAAGACAAUAGAGGCAGGAUUGGUUUGGUCUGUUUGACAAACACCUGUCUUAUAUGGUGCUAAAACUUGUUUUAUGUAAGUACUUUAAAAAUCUGUUUCUGUAAUAUAUAUAUAUAAUCUAUUUAAAGA